AUGAAGUUUAAAAAAACUACUUUAGAAAAAAAAAUACUUUAUCAGAACGUUCAAUAUUUUUUAUUAAGGUUUUCUAAGUUUCAUAAUAUAAGCGCAAAAUGGAAACAAUCACUUAUAUCAAUUCAACGUAGAAAGAAAAAUAUCGAAAAACAGAGAAAAUUGAAAGAAGAACGCGCUGCUAAACUAUGUGAUCCAAUUAUUGCAUUUCCUACAGAAUUUACUCGUUCUAUUUUAUAUCCAAAAGACGUUUUUACAGAGACAAGUUCUUUUGCAAAUUAUGCAAAUUUUUUCUUUUCUAACGAAGAAUUAAACACAAUUCUUAAGUCUGCAAAAAAAGCAAAUCUUUAUCGUGUUGGUCUUUCAUCGUCAAUGAUGAAUAAGAAUAACUUAGCAAAACUUAAAGAAAAAAUAUCUAAAUAUGUUGAUAUCACUGAAGAAACAGAUAUCCAAUCUUUAUUGGAAAUUCUAUCUAAGAACGAUAAGGUACAAGAAACGCUUGAUUCAAAUAAUAAUGGGGAUAAAAAAAAUCAUAUUAUUAUUGAACUAGCAUCUAUUUAUAAGAUUCAAAGAAUAUGUAAACAAGAAGAUAAGAAAGCGGAAAUUAUAAAAAAAAUUGUAAGCUUAAAAAAUAGUAAUAGUAAGGCAAUACAACUUCAAAACAUUUCUAUGGCUAUUGAGCAAUUUAAACAACACGAAACAGAUACAGGAUCUCCAGAAGUACAAGCAGCAAUAUUUACAGUUCGUAUUCAUUAUUUAAACUCUCAUCUUUCUUUUCAUCGUAAGGAUAAAAACACUUUUAGAGCAUUAAGACAUUUAGUACACAAACGCCAAAAAAUAUUAAAAUAUUUACGUAAAGAAGACCAUAUAAGAUACUUUUCGUGUAUUAAAAAACUCGGUUUAACCGACACAGCAAUAAUAAAUGAAAUUACAAUGUAA